GUGCGGCGACGUUGUUUUGGUGCGCGAGUUGGAAAAAGAAGCAAACACGAGACCCAACCGACAGCGGGUCCAACCGUUCUACCGGCCCCACAGUGUUGCUGCCAGCCGUUCGUUACCCAUGCUAACUCGCGCCAGGAGGGAGCAAGUGAGAAAAAGCGAGAGCGAGAAAGAGCUUGAGUUGACCAAAAAAAGAUCAAGUGAAAUGUCGUUGCUAGGAGCAAUGCGAAUUGAGUGUAUUAAAAAUACGAGUAAAGUGCAAUUGUCGGUGCUCCGUGUCCCAAACCACUAACAAAUACUUUACGAGUGAGUAAUCAGUGUGAAAUUGACAUUUCUGUUUUUUUUUUGUGGUACGAGAAUACAGUUUUUGGUCGUCAAAAAUGCUGCACAUGAUCGUGCAUUGUGCAAGGGAAGAUUGUGAAUUGUAGCUAGUGCCCAGAUUCCUGUGUAAGCUAGUGAGUUUGUGUGCGUGUGUCUUCCAAAAGUAUACAGUGUGUUGCACAAGUCAGAAUCGUGCAUGUAGGUCGGCGGGAGUGUGUGUCUGUGUGUUACUGAUAAGUGAUUUUAUGCAGCUGCAGCACUUAUCAACAUCGGUGCUUGCUUCUGGUGACAAAAUAAUAAGCUGAAAACUUCCGUACGGGCGACGCUUACAAGAAACCAGAACCUGCAAAACUGGGAAAGAGAAUUGCGACAUUGUGACAGCUUCAACCAGCGAAGAACCAAUCUUCUACUGGCGGGGGCACAUCCAAGCAAUGGAAACGGACUUGGCGUAUGAGGUAUUGGCGGACUAUUCGCUGCAAGAGACUCCUUUCUACGAGGCCCCGACACCGACGGCAAGUGUCAACCUGUAUCCUCCGCCUAACGAUACACAGUCGCAGACCACCGAGCAGCAACAGCAGCAACAGCAGUCCCGGAAUAUCAACAAUAUUGGGCGCCGCUACGAUUCGGCGUAUGAUCUUUCGCUGGCUACCUCUAUGUUAAGCGGCAAGAUGCAACUGAUGAAUACCAGUAGUUCCGCAGGGUCGGGAACGAACGUGGGACCAACAGCUCUUCAUGGUGGAAUGCAUCUCACCGGUAGUCAUCAAACAAUUCAGCAGAAUCAACAUCAGGCCGGUAUAGCACUGGUUCCGAUCGGUGUGUCUAACCUCAGCACCGGAUCGUCGCUAGCCUCAUCGAUCAGCAGUGGAAGCAGCGGCGGUGGAAGCAUGAUCCGACCGAAGAAAAUGAAGAAAUCCGUCAGUUUCCUACCGACAUACGUGCAGGGUUACGACGGUGAUUCGGGUCCAAUACAACUCAAACAGGAACCGUUGGAUGAUGGACCGAUCCGAAAUAUACAGAAGGUGCCGAGCCUGUCCGAUCUGUCCGACCCCGAAGCAUCGCUUGAUGUACCGACACAGAUGCCACCCUUGACGCCUGGAACGAACAAGAAACUAACUGAAGUCCUGUACGCAUCGUUCGCUUCCUGGGAGAAGGAAGUGCAGACAUUCAAAAUUACCAAAGAUCCUCGGCAAUGGACAGCGGAACAUGUGCUAAUUUGGUUGAAUUGGUCGAUCAAAGAAUUCUCCCUGGAAGGUGUCAACAAGGAACCGUUCCAAAAGAUGAGUGGCCGCGACAUUGUUGGUCUAGGUCGUGAGGGAUUUCUUGCGAUCGCGCCACCAUUCACCGGCGAUAUUCUGUGGGAACAUUUGGAGAUUCUGCAAAAAGAUUGCGAAAAGGCGCUACUAGAUCACGGGUCCUCGGUCGGCGGCAGCGGCAGUGUGUACGACGCGUCCUGCGGGCAGACGGCGGCCGGUGGCGGCGGUGUUGGCGUUAACGAACUCAAUGACUACAACAGUACCCUCCAGCGGUUAAGUGGCCAGCAGCAGCAAGAAUUCGGGAGAGGCAAUGGUUCGAGCAGCAACAGUAACAACAGCAGCAACACACCCGCAUCUACCUCCAGCACCACUCCCGGCACGACAACCCCCAACAGCAGCAGUACCACCAACACCAACAGCGGCGGCAACGGAGCCUACGGAUCGGUACAUGAUCGCAGUACAAGUGACCGUUCACCACCACCGCCUCUAAUACCGUCGAGUGGAGGCAACGUACCGAACGGUAGCACGAACGGCAGCAGUAGUACAUCCUCCAUGACAUCUUACCUGUCAUCGCUUGGGUCAAGGGGCCCGCUCAGUGGUGGCAACGGACCAGGGACUGCGAGUUCCUUGUACCACCAGCAGUCCGGUGGUGCAAUGAAGGAAGAGCAAGAGCCAAACAGUUUCAUCAACAUUGAUGAUCUCCCGAACUAUGGCGUGGUACCGGCACACUACGACGAGCAGGAUCAAUACCAUUCGCUGCCGGCACCGGAAACCCAAACGUCGUCGCACGGCUACCUCGAAAACAGUCCCGAGUUUUACUCAGCCAUCCAGAUGGAGCAGAAGUACAUGCCACCGCACUACAAAUCGGGUCCCUACACCAGCCGAGGGGGGCGCUACCAUCAGCCGCACCACCACAGCAGCAGCUCCGGUGGUACAGGUGGUGGCGGUGGUGGUGGUGGCGGAGGGGGAGGAGGCGGUGGGUCUGGCAACCAACAUGCACAGCAGCAACAACACCACCAACAACAUGCCCAACAGCAGCAGCAACAGCAACAGCAGCAGCAGCAGCAGCAACAACAACAACACAAUCAUCACCACCCCCACCAUCACCCGCAUCACCAUGCGCACCACCAUCCUGCCAGCCAUCACCAGGCCGCUCACCACACGGACAGUAGUGGCUAUCCUGAGUACGGCUCACCGUACGACACCCCACCGUUCCAGACCGUACCCAGUAAUACGACCUCGCCCCAGAGUUCGGCCGCGUCCGGCAACGGGGCUCCCGGGGGUCCAACGGGCGGUGGCAACGGCAGUGGCAACAACAACAACAACAACAACGGAGACUUGCUCGGCGGGCACGUGGUCGAUCCGUGGAGCUUACACCAUCCCGGGCAGCAUCCGCACGCGGGUGCACCACAUCCCCUGCUAGACUUUCAGCAUCCGGCCUACAUGGGCACAACGAUGGGCUUCGACAAGACGAUGCUCGGCUCGUACGGAGCGCAGGGCGGUGCACCGUGCUUUACCGGCAGCGGCCCAAUCCAGCUGUGGCAGUUUCUGCUCGAGCUGCUCACGGACAAAACCUGCCAGAGCUUCAUCUCGUGGACCGGCGACGAGUGGGAAUUUAAACUGACCGACCCGGAUGAGGUCGCUCGACGAUGGGGUGUCCGAAAGAACAAACCAAAAAUGAACUACGAAAAGCUGAGCCGUGGCCUCCGGUACUAUUACGAUAAGAACAUCAUACACAAAACGGCCGGCAAGCGAUACGUGUAUCGAUUCGUAUGUGAUCUUCAAACACUGCUGGGCUACUCAGCGAAACAGGUGCACGAAAUGGUUGAUCUCAAGCCCGACAAAAAGGACGAUGAAUAGACUGGCGAAACAAUGGAUGGCGUCGGCCGGACUCGCAAUCGGCCAACACCUUGGUGUGAGAGGAGGAGUCAUGUGAAUUGGCGAAGGAUCAUACUCAUCCCUCACCUCAUUACUAUAGUUCGGGCAUGCGGCAUGCUCGUUUACUCGAUCUCCCUCGAUUCUGGGGCCACCGUCGGAGGAAAAUUCGGGAUAGUGACCACAGUGGCCAAGAGAACAUGUACUAAAUUUACUAAAGCCGCUGCCCUGGCUCUAUGCAGACGAAGGGCCGUUUGGAAAAGGCGCGGCGAACGAUCGACGGAAAUGAUUUCCCACCAGACUACAAGGUACACACGCAAACACUCUGUACACAUGCUCUAGUCUCGUACAUAACUGCGCAUACUAAGCUAGAGACUAAAUUACCGCACCGGUCCUAGUGGAUCGGAUAUUCCGAGUUCCUUCCGAACACAGAGCCCACAACCGACGUGCUUCUUUUCCCUCCCCAGACUCCCCCCGUGUAUAUGUGGAACAACAGAGUAUUAAAACUGUUUUUUUUUUGUUUUCUUUUUAACCAUUGAACAAAAUGAACGAUUGUGUAGGGAAAGGCUUUUGGUCUGAACGAACCACAGGACCCGCGAAUCAAUCGGUAUCGGUUAGGCUAGCAGGGAUAAGUUACAAACACAACAAACAAAAAGCUUCCAAAUCCUAAGAUUACCCGUGGUGUUCGAUGGUGAGCUGAGUGCAAAGUAAUUAAGCAAAAGCGAAAUAGAGAGAUAGAAGCAGAAAGAGAGAGAGAGAGAGAGAGAGAGAGAGAGAGAGAGAGAGAGAGCGAUAAUUAGGUAAGGCUAGAGAACGAACGAAAACAAGCACAUACUAGGGGUUAGCAGAAGCAGCAGCAGCAGCAGCAGCAGCAACAGCAGGUACGGUGAAGUAUAAGACAACUUACAAACAUCUACUUAAAUGUACUACUACGGAGCACAAGCGAUUAGAGAUAAAGUCGAGAACGAGUGUAAGAUCGAUCCGAUCGUGCAAUUGAAUGAAAAGGGGGAGUGUUUAUGCUCAUUCGUACAAUGACAGCAUGACCUGUACAGAAUCAUCAAAUGCUGCUUUCCAAAAGAGGCAUUAGAUUGGACGCCAAUCGGGCAUGCACGGUAGGGCGCAACUGACAGGAUCUUUAUCGGAUGCGAUUUAGUGAAUCGCGAUCGCGAGAAAGUUUUGUGAUAAGUUCGUGUAAGCGUGUAAGAAUAUUUUUAUUUACGUGUAGAUUUGUUUUUCCGUUUCCUUUUUUCCCACUUUUUGGUAGUGUUUUUUGUUUUUUCCUUUUUUGUCCCCUACGAACAGCACGGAAGUGCAGUCCGGUCCCGAACGUUCAUCCCAAAUCAUCAAAUGUGCUUGCAUGCGGACCGUUCCAAUGGAAUGGAAAGCAGGCAGGCAUUACGUUACGUUUAAGCGUUUAGUGUUUUUUUUUAAAUUGUUUCCCACUUUUCUUUCCCCACGCUGUCCUUUAGUUUGCUUUAUUUAACAUCCCUUCGUUAAAUUGUAGUGGAAAAAUUAUUUAUGGCACGACGCCAACAGCAACACGGUGCAGACAAACAAACCCGUAGCUGGAUAUAGGGCUAUGCUGAAGUGUAAGAUUCGUGCAAAUCCCCUCUUUUUCUAUAAUCUUCCUUCUAGUAUUCCUACUGUAAUUCGUAGCACACAUUACACCCAUCGCUUGUGCUGCUAUCAUCCGCCGCACCAGGAUGAUACGAUCCAUUUGUUAAUUGUACAAUGAUAAGUGUGAGUGCCUCCGUUUUCCUUAUUCAAUAGAUUUCGGCAGUUUAGAAGGUACGGCAGAGUUUUAUGUUUCUUCCGGUUUGUUAUAAAUCCUUCCUUAAUCCUUAUCGCCUUAAAAGCUCUUUCGCAAGAACGUCAGCAAUGAAACUAGCGGCGAUGAAAAUCAAAGCCACACGACGACACUGAACACUGAUACACUCUACAACACAGUGCUGUAGUUUGAUGUUUGGUGUAAGAGGUCUCCUUAAUUGUGCAAACAGUGGGUAAACCCUAAGCAAACUAUUGCCAAUCAAUCAGUAGCAGCAGCAGACUAGGUGAAACCGAUUGGAGCCAACUUUUUCAAACCCUAUUGUUUAACGUGCGUGUGUGUGUGUGCAGUGUGUGGUGUGUCGUGUGCAGUUAAUCUAAUUACAUGUGCUUCGUAACAUAUAAAACUCCCCUCCUAACGUCCGUUAGGGCAGGAUGGUAUAGAUUAAGAUAGUAAAACGUAUAACGCAAAUGAGGAUUAUUAUUAAUUGAUGUAAAAAAAAAACUCAAACACACACACACACAGACGGACACACAACCACACGCUAGUAAAGUAAAACUGUGCAGAGAAAAGCAAAACAAAAAGCAAACCCUUAUUUCGUAGUAAGGAGAAGUAAGUAAUUAUUAAAAAUAAUAAAGAGAAUCAAGCAAAAAAAUAUUCAAACCCAA